AUGAGGCCACCUCAUACCAACCUGGAACCUUCCCUGGCAGUGGCAUCGGCUCGAAAUCCCGGCACCCACGCACAAAGAUUCGAGGUGGAUGGGAAGGUGAAGGAGGAGGAGGAGGAGGAGGAGGAGGAGGAGGAGGAGGAGGAGGAGGAGGAGGAGGAGGAGGAGGAGGAGGAGGAGGAGGAGGAGGAGGAGGAAGAUGAGGGGGAGAAGUGGGGAAGGGGGAUUCAGGGGAGGGAUGGUCAGGAGGAGCGUGUAUUAGGGGAGGAGUGGAGAGGGUUGGCUCCAUAG